AUCCCUUUCCCAGAGUGCUCUGCGCUGUGAAGAAGCGGCUCCCGGGGACUGGGGGCAUUUUGUGUUGGCUGGAGCCGGAGUAACAAGAUGGCGGCGUCGGCGGAGUGACAGGAGUCCCUCCGGGCGGGAGCCGGCGGCAGUGGUGGCAGCGGUAUCGCCGCCCUAAACCACCGCGCCCCUUUUCCAGCCCGCGACGUCGCCGUGAAAGCGAGGCAGCGGCGGCCGCCCAGGAACAAGUGGCCCAGCCUGGUAACCACGAGAACCCCCUCAUAAACUGCGGCCUGGCAAAAAGAAGCCGGACUGAGCGGCGGUGAUCAGGUUCCCCUUGACCGAGUCUAGGCCCUGUAACGCCUGGAAAGAGUCAGCGCUUGCCGUUUCCUGCCGCCCUCCUCCGCAGCCUGCUCAGUGGACGAGCCCCAGAGGCCUCUGUUCUCCCCUCAGAGGUGUCGGGGCUUGGCCCCAGCCUCCAUCUUCGUCUCUCAGGAUGGCGAGCAGCAGCGGCUCCAAGGCCGAAUUCAUUGUCGGAGGGAAAUAUAAACUGGUACGGAAGAUCGGGUCUGGCUCCUUCGGGGACAUUUAUCUGGCGAUCAACAUUACCAACGGCGAGGAAGUGGCAGUGAAGCUAGAAUCUCAGAAGGCCAGGCAUCCCCAGUUGCUGUACGAGAGCAAACUCUAUAAGAUCCUUCAAGGUGGGGUGGGCAUCCCCCACAUACGGUGGUAUGGUCAGGAAAAAGACUACAAUGUGCUAGUCAUGGAUCUUCUCGGACCCAGCCUCGAAGACCUCUUCAAUUUCUGUUCAAGAAGGUUCACAAUGAAAACUGUACUUAUGUUAGCUGACCAGAUGAUCAGUAGAAUUGAAUAUGUGCAUACAAAGAAUUUUAUACACAGAGACAUUAAACCAGAUAACUUCCUAAUGGGUAUUGGGCGUCACUGUAAUAAGUUAUUCCUUAUUGAUUUUGGUUUGGCCAAAAAGUACAGAGACAACAGGACAAGGCAACACAUACCAUACAGAGAAGAUAAAAAUCUCACUGGCACCGCCCGAUAUGCUAGCAUCAAUGCACAUCUCGGUAUUGAACAGAGUCGCCGAGAUGACAUGGAAUCAUUAGGAUAUGUUUUGAUGUAUUUUAAUAGAACCAGCCUGCCCUGGCAAGGACUAAAGGCUGCGACAAAAAAGCAAAAAUAUGAAAAGAUAAGUGAAAAGAAGAUGUCCACUCCUGUUGAAGUUUUAUGUAAGGGGUUUCCUGCAGAAUUUGCCAUGUACUUAAACUAUUGUCGUGGGCUGCGCUUUGAGGAAGCCCCGGAUUACAUGUAUCUGAGGCAGCUAUUCCGCAUUCUUUUCAGGACUCUGAACCACCAGUAUGACUACACAUUUGAUUGGACAAUGUUAAAGCAGAAAGCAGCACAGCAGGCAGCCUCUUCAAGUGGGCAGGGUCAGCAGGCCCAAACCCCCACAGGCAAGCAAACUGACAAAACCAAGAGUAACAUGAAAGGUUUCUAAGCAUGAAUCAAGGAACAGAAGAAGCAGAGCAGAUGAUCGGAGCAGCAUUUGUUUCUCCCCAAAUCUAGGAAUUUUAGUUCAUAUGUACACUAGACAGUGGUUGUGAACAACCAUUUACUUGGUGUAAAGAACUUAAUUUCAGUAUAAACUGGCUCUGGGCAGCAUUGGUGAUGCCGUGUCCUGAGUUGUAGCCGCUGUAAUUGUGAAUAUUAACUGAGAUAGUGAAACAUGGUGUCCAGUUUUCUAUUGCAUUUUUUCAAGUGGAAAAGUUAACUCUAAAUGGUUGACACACACAAAUUGAUGGAGAAAUUGUGCAUAUGCCAAUUUUUGUUAAAAUCUUUUAUUUUGAACUAUACUGCUUUGAGAUCUCAUUUCAGAAGAACGGCAUGAACAGUCUUCAGCCACAGUUGUGAUGGUUGUAAAUGCUCACAAUUGUGCGUUCUUAGGGUUUAUCCACCCCUGGGGUUUGCAAGUUGUUCACUUAAAACAUUCUUAAAAUGGUUGGCUUCUUGUUUGCAAGCCAGCUUGAUACGGUAGCAACCAAAGAUUCCAGUGUUUGAGCAUUCGGAAGACUGCCUGCUUACCUGUGCUAGAAAUAACAGCAUCUAAAGUGAAGACUUAAGAAAAACUUAGUGACUACUAGAUUAUCCUUAGGACUCUGCAUUAACUCUAUAAUGUUCUUGGUAUUAAAAAAAAAAAAAAAAGCAUAUUUGUCACAGAAAUUUAGUUAACAUCUUACAACUGAACAUGUAUGUAUGUUGCUUAGAUAAAUGUAAUCACUGUAAACAUCUAUAUGAUCUGGGAUUUUGUUUUUAUUUUGAAAUGGGAGC